AUGAUUAGGUCAAAUAAUUACAUAAAACUUCAGCAAGAAUCAGACUUCAACGAAGAAAGCGAUUCCAUGUUCAACACUCUAUCAGAAAACGAACAUCGUAAUGUCGAAUGCAUGAAUCACAAACAACGUUAUCAAAAACGUUCUUUGUCUGAAACAGGACAGAAAUUUCCAAUUUCAACCUACAGAACGGUCACUCCUUAUGAAAGUGAACAUGAUAAUACUAGAAACAGCGACGGUGUUAAUACACCUGGAAAUUCGAUAGAUGAUAAUAGUAGUGCUCAUCGAACUGAUCGUAGUGCAUGGUCUCAAAUUUCAAAAAAAAUAGGGUUAAAAGGAAAGGAGAAAUUGGAUAAGACAGAAUUGGAAAUUUAUUCAUCAGUUUUUAUUCCAACCUUACAGGAUUGGAAGCCAAGUGCACCUCCUUUGACUUCAAAUCAUAAAAAACCUUUGACACGACAAGAGUUCAUUGAAAUCGUGGAUUCUGUUAAAUCCGCUAUUUCUAUAAAUAUUCAACCUACAAGAAUCUGCCAAGGUUCUUCUGGAUCUUAUUUUUGUCGGAACGUGGAAGGAAAUAUUGUUGGCGUAUUUAAACCAAAAAAUGAAGAGCCAUAUGGCCAAUUGAAUCCUAAAUGGACAAAAUGGAUUCAUAGAAAUCUAUUCCCUUGCUUUUUUGGAAGAAGUUGUUUAAUCCCAAAUCUUGGUUACAUCUCUGAAGCUGCCGCUUCCCUGUUAGAUCACCGUUUGUUAUUAAACAUCGUUCCAGUUACUGAGGUGGUUCGGCUUUCUUCUCCAUCGUUUCAUUAUGAUUAUUUGGACCGUCGCGCAGCUAAAUCAAAGAAAAAUCCAAAACCUUUACCUGAAAAAAUAGGUAGUUUUCAAGUGUUUUUGGAAGGAUUCAAAGACGCUAAUGUAUUUUUGAGAGAACACCCUUGGCCUGAUCAUCAUGCUGCAACGACGUUGACUGAUAGUGGUGUGGUUAUAGAUGAUAGACAACAUCGACCAUUAAACGCGCUUAUAUGUGGUCGGUCUAUGACAAUUGACGAAGAAGGAUUACCGUCCGAGUCUCAUCAUUUGGGAAGACGUUUUAAAUGGACACCGGAGUUACAGCUUCAGUUUCGAGAACAGUUUGAAAAAUUAGUUAUUUUGGAUUAUUUAAUGAGAAAUACCGACAGAGGCUCAGAUAAUUGGAUGAUUAAAUAUUGUGAACAGGAUUGUAUCAUGGAUAUUCCGCCUGCAUCAAAUGUUAUGAAAGUUCCGGAUAUUUCAACAAAUGGUAACGCAUCGAUACAUCCUAAAGGUAAUGAGGUCAUUUCAAUUCCUCCUCAAGGAACAAAUGGAGAUGCUCCACCUCCAUUAUCACCGGAUGGCAGUGAACUUUCUUCUUCAUUUUCAGAGCCACCUUCUCACACAGAUAAUCAAGCAUUAACAGAUAGUUUGGAUGUACUAUUUGAUCCUAUAUCUUCUGAUCCUCCUGCAAUACCACAGUCUGCGUCAAAUUCUUCACAAAAUUAUAAACUACCGUACCCACAUAUACAUGUCGCAGCUAUUGAUAAUGGAUUAGCAUUUCCUUUUAAGCAUCCGGAUCAAUGGAGAUCUUAUCCAUAUGGAUGGCUUCAUCUUCCUGAAGCCCUUAUUGGAAAACCAUUUACUACUAAUACAAGAAAUCAUUUUCUUUCUAUGCUUUCUAACCCUAAAUGGUGGAAAGAGACAGUUUUUGAACUUCACCGUUUAUUUUCAAUGGAUGCUGAUUUUGAACCGGGAAUGUUUGAAAAACAGAUUGCGGUAUUAAAAGGUCAGGGAUGGAAUAUAGUUGAAAUUCUUAAGCAGCCCGAUAAAGGUCCGAUUCAACUUUGUGAAAAACAGAAUGCAAUGGUGUGGAAUAUUGUAGAAACCAUAGAAAUUCCAUUAGAACACGAUGUAAAUAAUCGUAAUGCCAAUGGCAUUGAUAUUAAUUCUGGUAGAAGUCGCGGAGUUUCUGGGUUACCAACAACAGUGAAUGGUGAAAGGGAAGAGAUUUCUAUUCCACCGAACCAAAGAAGUAUUUCGUCCGGGGAUGAUUCUUCAUUAUCAACUAGUGCACCUGCCACAUCUUCAUUUUCUGCUGCUUCAUCUAAGCAAAGAUGGAGUCGUUUCAAGGAAAAAUUUGCCUUCGAUAGUGGGAGUAGGAACAAGGGUAAGUCAUCUUUGGAAGAAAAGAGGACUAAACGAGUUAUCGUUGAAAAGUUGGAACUUGUCAAAGGAGGAACACCAUUCUUUAAAUGGUGUUAA